AUGAGUAGCGAUUUCAAUAUUGAUAUUGCCGUUACUUUGCAGUAUCGGAAGAACAAGAGACAACUGCAGCAGGAUCGACCGGCGUCCGUGCACCGUCAACAGUCUUCGGGGCGUCUACAGCACUGGUACAGCCACAAGCCGGUGGUCACUGUAGAUCAGUUGCACAAGUACCGACGGAAGGAGUUUGGUACUGGACUUGACGGGGUCGCCGCUCCUCCACCCCAGCCUCCGAUCAGCUUGUCGGCCAGCCCGUCGUUUGACACCGAAUACAGGUGUUGUUUCGAACCACCGUACCGGACCGCCGAGGAGAUGAGUAACAACAGGCGGCACGCGGCAGUGCCCAAAGACGAGCUGCAGGUGGAGGGUGAAGCCGAAUUCAGCGCCGAGUACGCCGAACGGUACCAAGACGGACCUAGGGAGCGGAAUGUGGCCGGCCGGCAAGGAAGUCACAUUGGGCCGUUCGUGUGUGCAGACGACCCGGCACCGGAAGGAGUCGGCGCCCGUUCUGAACAGCACGACCAGUAUGUGCCACAUCCGGAAGGCCGGCGGGCAGACAACCUGCGACCUGGCACUGGACUGAGGAUGGACGAGGGGCUGAUGGACGGUGAGACCGAGCAGAUGGCCAACUAUCGCAAGUAUCCGGUCACGCCGCAUCCGGACGUCGCCGACCAAGACCAGAACGAAGGGAUCGCGCCGAAGAAGUCGAGUAGUCCAACCACGAGACGGCUGCCGUUCGACGAGAGUAUGAAGGAAAUGGUCCUGACACGGGACAGCGGCAUGUUGCUUCGGCCCGCGCGGUUCUUCGCCGGUGGACCGCCCCGAACCGAACGUUCCAGGCGCGUUGUAAAAAAACCGGCGUUCCGUCUGGAAGUAGUGGACUGCACAGCUAGUGGUGGCGCAAAGAAGGUCGAUCGGACGGAUGCGUUCGUGGUGCUGCUGGAUAACGAUGAAUUGCCACUUCCGUCUGGAAAUGGCGUCAGUGGCGGCAAUAGGUGGGUGAAGAGGAGACAGCGUAAAAUGGGCACGGUGCGUUUUUUCGAUGACAGACUAGCUCGUUUGCCGGCCACCGACACUGGAAAAACCAUACAGUAG